AAUUAGUCACAUGAAAAAGAAAUUAAAAUAUGUGAUAACGUUCGUCUGGUUUUGUUACUUAGUUGUCUCUGCUAUUUUGCUGUUUUCUCGUGGGUUUUUAUUGACCAGGACAGUACAAGACAAUAAUGCUACUUGCAGUUCAAAACUUGAGCAUUUCUGUGAUUCAAACGAUGAAGAAAGUUGUUUUAUUAAAGGAAACGAGGUAUUUAGUGAGUUUCGUAACGAGGCUUUGAAUACUUGCUUAAAACCUACCUCCAAAGUAAUUUUAUUAAUAGUAGAUGCACUCAGAUAUGACUUUACUGUUUACAAAGACAGAGAGAAUCCUUUACCUUUCCAGAACAAGUUACCAAUCAUAAAAGAUACCUUAUUAAAUCACCCAGAGUCUUCGAGAUUGUAUAAAUUUAUUGCUGACCCACCAACAACAACAAUGCAAAGGCUUAAAGCACUGACCACAGGCAGUCUUCCGACAUUUAUUGACGCCGGUUCGAAUUUUGCUACAUCAGAAAUAAACGAAGACAAUAUUAUUGACCAGGUCAGCAAAAAUAAAAAUAAAACUACCGCCAGUGUGGUGUUCUGCUGGCGAUGCAAUUACCUUCCCCCCAUCCCAGCCCUCGCAUCUAAUAAGCGGAUCUUUGCUCAUACCUAA